AUGGCAAGCGGUAAAGAGUUCAAGGUCGUUCUGGCUGGUCAGUUCGGCUCAGGCAAGACGACCUUUGCCACUCGUAUCAAGUCGGCCGUCUGCGAGAAGAAGGAGAUCAAGGCCCUCAAGACUACCGAAUACCCUGUCAAACUGCACACCUCGGCUGGUCAGGUUAGGCUCAACCUCUUCGACACCAACCUUCACGCCAAGGGUGGUUUGCCACAUGAUGGUUUCUUCCGCACUGCUGAUGCUGCCGUUGUCUUUUUCGACCUUACCAGCCAAGGCAGCUACGAGGCUAUGGAAGAGUGGUACGAUGCCGUAGUCAAGGCUAACGGUCGCAAGGGUAGCGAACCCCUUCCUAUCGUCGUUGUUGGUACCAAGGCGGAUGACAUCAAGGGACGAGAGCUCAAGCCAGACGCUAUCGAGUUCCCUCGCAAGAAAGAGCACCCAUACCGCGAGAUUUCAGCGGAGGCCAACUACGGUGUCAAGGAGCUUCUUCUUGAGAUUUGCAAGGCCUUGCUCGGUGACUCUGUCCAGCUCACGGAUCAGCUGGAUCUUGAGAAGGCCAAGAUUGACAAGAUUGACGAGGAGCAGCUCGAGAAGCUCUCGCGCGAGUACGAGAAGGCUUCGGCUUGA